AUGGACAAUUUGAAAAAUGGUGAAUUUAUUGCUAAAGCAGAACCUCCAUUGUCAUCACAUGGUUCAUUUUGGCAACAUUUAUCACGUAUUAAAUCCUCCAGUAAUGAAUACCAACCAUUUGUUCAGUGUCAAUUAUGCAGUGAGAUUUUAUCAUAUUCAAUUUCUAAUGGAACUUCUACUAUUAGUUAUCAUGUUAAAAAUUGUCUUGAUAAAUCAAAUCAAUUAAAGAACAACAAAUCUAUUGAUAAGUAUUUAAAUACAUCUAAUGAAGUUAGUGUAUCAAUUAAUGAUAAACGAGCAAUCACAAUCGCUUGUGCAAAAUUUUGUUCAUUUGAUUUGAGAUCUUUCAAUAUUGUAAAAGGUUCUGGUUUUACAUCUUUAUGUCAAUCUCUAAUUGAUCUUGGUUAUCAAUAUGGUGUUGCUAAACUUGGUGCACCUACGUCGACUUCAUUAUUACCUGAUCCAACUAAUAUCUCUCGUACUAUUUCUCAAAUAUCUGAAGAAUAUCGACAAAAAUUAAAAAAUAUUCUGAAGAAUGAUUUGCAAGAUUUGAAAUUAAUAGGUAUAUCAACUGAUUAUUGGAAAAAUAGUGGUACAACAAGUGAACAAUUGUCUUCUGAUGCUUCACCAACGUUACAUCUAGUUGUUCCUUGGUUUUGGAAAUUAAAAAAUUCUUGUAUACCUAAUGAUGAUGAUCAUUUAUUAUUAGCUCAAUUUAAAAAUGCUGUUUCAAGGAUGCUGGAUGAUAAAGUUUAUUUGACAUCAUUACAUUAUAUAGCUACUUUUUUAUAUGCUGCAACGAAAAAGCUUCAAACAUUAGAUGAUAGUCUUCGAAAUGAAAUUUAUGGUGAUGUUAGAAAAAUAAUGGGAACAUUUGGUAUUCGUGAAGAACACUCAUCUUUAUUAUCUAAAACGAACUCUAGAAUCACCAGUAAACCACCAAAAAGAAAGAAAAACAAUUUGAUAAUGGAAAGUGAUGUUAUGGGAGAAUUUGCGGGAGCUGUAGAGGGCAGCUCGGAUGAUGAAUCUGAUGAAGUUGAACGUUAUCUUAACACGAAAAUUCCAUUUACAAAAGAUGAUACAUUAUUAAAAUGGUGGAGCAAACACUCUCUAAUAUUUCCACAACUUGCUGUAUUAGCAAAAUCAUUAUUUGGAAUUCCUGCAAGUUCAGCAACAUCAGAACGUGUUUUUAGUUCAUCUAGUCGGAUUUUAGAAAAACGAAGACAAUCAUUAAAUCCAGAUGUUGUAGACGAUAUGUUAAUGAUUCGAAAUUUUCGAGAUAUGUAA